UGUCAAACUAUCAGUCGUCGAUUGCCAAAAAAAUUACCUUGACAUUAUUCUUCUUUCGAGUCGUGUCUGUAUGGAAAUAGUACGUCUUUCUUUCAUAUUUUUGAAGUGAUAAUUCAUUAAUGUACAUGUAGUGGUUUUUAUUGUGUCUGAAUGAAUGCACACUCAAACAGAAUUAAAUUAAAACCUAGAAUGCCUCCGCGGACUGGAGACCGAGAGAGAGGAAUAUGACACGUCUCACGUCCAACGAGCCGCAGCGAGAGCGAUGCGACGGUGACCGGACUGACCGGAAAUAGAAGAAGUCCGCAAGUCGCGAUGGGGCUGCAGGGCUCGCGGCGCGAGGCGCUGGCGGUGGCGGCGCUGUGCGCGGCGUGGUACGCCGUGAGCUCGGCCAGCAACGUGCUGGGCAAGCUGGUGCUCACCGACUUCCCGUUCCCCAUGACCGUCACCAUGGCGCAGCUGCUGGCCAUCGUGCUGCUGAGCGCGCCGGCCUUCGGCGCCGCCGGCGUGCGGCGCGAGACCGACUUCCCGCGCGCCUACUACUGGCGCACGCUCGUGCCGCUCGCCUUCGCCAAGUUCCUCACCACCGUCUGCUCGCAGGUCUCCAUUUGGAAAGUUCCAAUAUCUUACGCGCACACGGUGAAGGCGACGACGCCGCUGUGGACGGCGGCGCUGGCGCGGCUGCUGUUCGGCGAGCGGCAGCCGCGCGCGGUGCAGGCGGCGCUGCUGCUGAUCGCGGCGGGCGUGGGCGUGGCGUCGGCCACGGAGCUGCACUUCGACGCGCUGGGGCUGGGCGCCGCGCUGGCCGCCGCCGCGCUGCUCAGCCUGCAGCACCUGUACUCCAAGCGCGUCAUGCGCGACACGGGCGUGCACCACCUGCGCCUGCUGCAGGCGCUGGGCCGGCUGGCGCUGCUGCUGUUCCUGCCUCUGUGGGCGUGGAGCGACGGCGCGGCGCUGCUGGGCGCGGCGCCGGCGGGCGGCUGGGCGCGCGUGGGCGCGCUGCUGGCGGGCGACGGCGCGCUGGCGUGGCUGCAGGCGGUGCUGGCCUUCAGCGUGCUGUCGCGGGUGUCGCCGCUGGCCUACGCGGUGGCGUCGGCGGCCAAGCGCGCGGCGGUGGUGGGCGCGUCGCUGCUGCUGCUGCGCAACCCGGCGUCGCCGCUGAACGUGGCGGGCAUGGCGCUGGCGGCGGGCGGCGUGCUGGCCUACAACCGCGCCAAGCUGCGCGCGCGCGAGCGGCCCGCGCUGCCCGUGUGACCCGCGCCGCGCGCCCCACUCGCCGACCGGUGUGUAGGAAGAUUUAGCUAUUGUUUAGACUUUUCGUCGAACUGUGACGUGACUGACUUUUUUACAUACUUUUGUUGAGAUUAUAAGCUCACAGUGAUACUUCGAUGUGAAUAAUUUAAUGAAAUUGUUUUGUUUAGAGAGCCGAUUUUCCUCGACCGAUCGUCAGAUAACUUUAUUACUGAGACUAGCUGUGGCCGCGACUUCGUACGCAUAAAAACAUUUUGAAUAAUAUUUCCUGUUUUUGCAACAUUUUUCUUUACUACUCCACCCCUAUUACUAUUACUAGCCCUAUUACUAGCUUUGGCUGUAGUGUAGGGUGAUGUUAUACAGGGUGGAAUUUUGUAAUACCACCUGUAGCCUUAUUCACGUAACAAAACUUCAACGACAACAAAUCGCUGAAUGCGAUACGUGAAUUAGGCCACUGAUGGGAAAAUACUCUUAAUAAUGUAGAUAAAAAAAUUUAAAUAAAAAAAAAACAUUCCUUUAUUAUCGAAAAGAAAUAGACCAUUCAAAGAUUUUCAGAUAUAUUCUUGACACACCUGAGAAUCAAACCAACUAAAAUUGUUAAAAAUUACACCCUGUAUUUUUAUUGCAUCGAUCGUUAGGGUUAAGCAUAAGGAUGAAAUCUCUAGCAAACAUCAAAUGACAAAACCAUGAAAUCUUAAAUAAUUUUAAUUAUUUACAGAAAAAUUGUAUGGUGGGGGAUUUUCAAAAAUUUUCGGAAAUGUUUGAAUGCAGUUCUAUCCUUUUCAAAAAUAAAGGAAUGUUUUCUUUGAGUAAAAUUUUCUGAGUACUUUCUCUCCAAGUGGUAUUACAAAAUUCCAGCCUGUAUACUAAUCUAAACCCAUCCUCAAUAAAUGGGCUAUCCAACACAAAAAUACUUGUUCAAAUUGGACCAGUAGUUCCUCAAAUUAGCACAUUCAAGUAAUUACAAACAAACUCUUCAGCUUUAUAAUAUGUAUUAGUUGAUUAUUAAUAAAUAAUUAAUAAUAAGUAUACCUAGAUAGAUUUGACGUAUUGGCAGUGUUGUCAGUAUUAUUGGCUCGCAAGAGUUGAAGUCGUCACUUGUUGUAUGUGCUGCGUAGGCUGCCAUCUUGUGCAACAGACUCGAUUGCAGACAUUUAACAAUAGCAUGGUAGCAUAGGUGUAUUCGAUAUUUAAACUCGAAUGUGCAGUGUUGUUUGAAGGGGUGAGUGGACAAAGGUGUUAUCUGACAAAACUGAAGAAUCGACUUUUUUGCAUGAACAUAGGUUUUAAGUGAUGAUAAAAUCGACUAAUGAGCUCAAAACACGCAAUUUUAUUACGUGUCAAACCUUAACAAAGGUGUUAUCUGACAAGCAUUCAUACAUUUCAGGAUUCAAAUGUGGUAUGAGCAGAUUAACAUUAUCAAACACUCAUAACUCAUUUUGUUAGUUAAGACCUUUGUCCACUCACCCCUUCAAUUUUAUUGUUUAGAUAAAAGUUAUCUGACGAUUGAAAAAAAAUUGCCCAUAAUAUACAGCGUUAUUUGUAAAACAUCAGCAACCUCGCAGGAUUAGAUAACUGUAGGUCUAGUAGCACUUAUCUGAGUCAGUGCCUGAGGUAUGGGAGCGGCACGGGAGAUUUUUUUUCAAUAUCAAAAUCAAAUGUCAGCAAGACUUAAGAAUAUGUGCUUCGUAUGAUAGGUCACGUCAUUAUAUCAAUGUCACCCAACCCGUGGCUCCCCCUCAGGCACUAAAUCAGUUGCAUUACACAAGUAAACAUUACUGUUUCAUGUUUUAUUGUACUGACAUGAUAUUACAGACUCAUUUAUAAACAAAAGAAUGAUGCGACAUACACUCGCGUGCUCCGAAUUCAUUUGUUAAGACAUAUAACCCUGUAUACCCAUAAAAUGGGGUUACCUCCGGCAUAUCGAGUAACAAAUGAUCGAAAAUCAAAAUAUCGAAUACGUUUCAUCGAACGAUCAAAAUAUCGAAUUUACAAAUGAUGUAACGUUCAAAAUAUCGAAGAUAAAAUUAUCGAAAGUCGAUCUUAUUUUGCAUUGUUUAAUAGGAAGAUUGAGUUCCUUGUUGACUAUGGUACCCUAAAGUGGGAAAUAAAAAAAAUGUGUGUAUGAAUAUGUUUUAUUUAUAUUAAUCAUAAUGAAAUUUAAUUAAAACCUCUAUAUUGAUUUUCGAUAUUUAAAUCAUUCGAUAUUUUGAUCGUUCGAUCAUUUGUAAAUUCGAUAUUUUGAUUUUCGAUCAUUUGUUAUUCAAUGUAGGGUAAACCGACAGUCAUUGGACGCUGCCAGUCAUUGGACAAAACAACCCUUGAAUUUUCUUAAAAUGAAUAUUCCUUCAAAUACAAUGAAUAUUCCUUCAAAAAAACGCCCUUUUAUCCAUCAGUCGGAAUCUCUCAGUUGUUGAAAUAAAAUUGCAAUUUUUAAUUCAGUAAAUGACUGUCCAAUAACUUUCUUAAGUGUCCAAUGACUGGCAGUUUACCCUAGCGGAGGUAACCCCAUAAAGUGACGUGAAACAGACACAAAUAUUGAAAUAAUAUUAUGUUCAAAUGAUGAGCAUAAAUUAUUAUUCAGUUGAUUGUUUUCGAUAACAGUAAUAAUUUAUUUGAUAGUGUUGUAGCAAGUAUUUUAUGAUGUUAUUAAAAAGAUGAGAUGUGGCUGAGCCACCAGUUAUUUUUUGUGAAUAUAAAAUGUUUUAUGUUUAAA